AUGGCUCUCGAUCUUAUUGAUGGGUUCAACCCAGCCAACCAGCUGGGGGCCAACGGCCAUGAUCUGCCCAUCUUCACCGUGGAAGCGGCGCAACUGGGCUUCUCAGUAACGGCCGACUUUGUCGCUGCUCAAGUCGCUAACGAUGUUAUGAUCCUGGCGCUGUCCAACGGACGGAUCUUGCGUAUAGACCUCAACAGGCCAGAGGAUAUUGAUGACAUCGACCUCCCAAAGAAGACAUCCGAAGUUGGAGUGAUCUGCCGCAUGUUCCUUGACCCCACCGCGUCACAUCUAAUUAUUUGUACAUCCCUCGGCGAAAACUACUAUUUGCACUCGCAGUCGCGGCAACCUCGGCCAUUAGGAAGACUCCGCGGCGUCCCGAUCGAAAGCGUGGCAUGGAACCCUGCUCUACCCACCGCUUCCACCCGCGAGAUUCUUAUAGGCGCAUCCGACGGAAACAUUUACGAAACUUUCCUCGAAGUGUCCAACGAAUUCUACAAGAAGGAAGUCAAACACCUUAAAAGCCUCCACAAGCUCCCAGACGGACCCAUCACCGGCCUUUGGGUCGAUACUCUGGACGGACGAUCGGACUUUCGCAGAGUCAUUAUUGCUACACAGAGUCGGCUGUUUCAUCUUGUUGGAAAGACGGGAACUGGCAAUGAUGGCAGUGGCUCCGUAUACUCGCGGCUCUUUGAGUCAGAGCACCCCAUUAUUCAUGAAAUCUCGCGUACCUCAGCGGCCGCACUCUCGUCCUUAGCUAUCUCACCUGAUGCAAAAGAGACUGAGCCAUACCAAGACAGGCAGCAAGACAAGGCGUAUGCUUGGCUGUCGUCGCAAGGCAUCUUCCACGGAACGCUGCUGCAGUCGCCAGCAGAGCAGACGCUGGGUUCCAAAGUUUUUGCGGAAUCGAAGUCGCUUUCCCGCUCCCAGAUUAUCUCGGAUGCGUCAGGAAAAAAGAAGGCCGGGCCGGACAACAUCGAUGCCAUGGCCUUGACCCAGUGGCAUAUCAUCUGCUUGCUUGGAGGUCGAGUUGUGACCAUCAACCGUCUUACAGGUCAAACGAUAUCCGAGCAUGACGUUCUGAAGAGCGGUCAAAAAGCGAUUGGAUUCGCGGUUGAUAUGCAAAAGUAUACCUUCUGGCUCUUUACAGGCCAAGAGGUCUUUGAAAUCGUCCCCAACGACGAAGACCGCAAUAUCUGGCAGAUUCUGAUGGACUCGCAACACUUUGAAGCGGCGCUCCAACAAGCACGUGGUCAGGACCAGAAAGAAACUGUUGCAGCAGCAUACGGCGACCACAUGGCCAAAAAAGGAAACUGGAAAGAGGCAGCCGCACUGUACGGAAACAGCAACAAGCCUUUCGAAGAUGUGGCCCUUCGAAUGAUUGACAACAACCAGCAUGAUGCACUGCGCAGUUUCCUUCUUACAAAACUGGCUUCCACAAAGCGCACCGCGAUCAUGCAAAGAAUGAUGAUUGCCAGCUGGCUCAUUGAGAUUUUCAUGGCCAAGCUCAACUCGCUAGACGACACCAUCGGGACGCGAGCAGAAUUGUCCGAGUCAUUAAACACUAGUGAAUCUCAAAAGCUCCUUCAAAGUGUGCAAAAACAAUUCCAAGAUUUCGUCGUACGCUCCAAGAACGAUUUGGACAAGAAGACAGUUUAUGACAUCAUCAGCAGCCAUGGACGGGAAGAAGAGCUAUUAUUCUAUGCCAACUCGGUCAACGACUACGAAUAUGUACUCUCGUACUGGGUACUCCGGGAGACCUGGCCCAAGGUUCUGGAUGUUUUGAAGAAGCAGACAGACCCAGAAGCCUUUUACCGUUACAGCACCGUUCUGAUGACACAUGCCCCGCAGGAGACUGUUGAAAUCCUGAUGCGCCAUGCAGAUCUCAAACCAAGAAGCUUGAUACCUGCACUCCUGGAGUAUAGCCGCUCGAACCCAAAUGAAGUGAACGCGAAAAACCAAGCAAUUCGGUACCUGAACUACGCUAUUCACCAGCUCAACUCGAAAGACUCCGCUAUCCAUAACACCCUUAUAUCUAUAUACGCUUCUAACCCGUCCAAGGAUGAGUCUGGCCUACUUUCAUAUUUUCAGGCACAGGGUGAUGAGCCGCGCUACGACCCCGAUUUUGCUCUGCGCCAAUGCAUUCAGCACCAUCGCACGCUUUCCUGCGUCCACAUCUACACCAGCAUGGGCCAGUAUCUUCAGGCAGUAGACUUGGCUCUUUCGCACAAUGAAGUAGAGCUAGCUGCCGUUAUUGCAGAUCGGCCGAUCACAAAUCCCCAGCUCCGAAAGCGAUUGUGGCUUGCCGUCGCCCGCAAGGUCAUCUCCCAGUCAGACGGUAUCAAGUCUGCAAUUGAAUUUCUGCGGCGCUGUGAGCUGCUCAAAAUCGAAGACCUGAUCCCCUUCUUUCCCGACUUUGUGGUGAUUGACGACUUCCGAGAGGAGAUUUGCGAGGCGCUGGAGGACUACAGCCGAAACAUUGAUGAUCUCAAAAAGGAAAUGGACGAAUCAUCACAGACGGCAGCCAAUAUCAAGAUGGACAUUGCGGCACUGGAUCACCGCUACGCCAUUGUAGAACCUGGCGAAAAGUGCUACGUGUGUGGCCUGCCGCUGCUCAGCAGGCAGUUCUUCGUCUUUCCCUGUCAGCAUGCUUUCCACUCUGACUGCAUGGGCCGCAAGGUUCUGGAGCAGGCUGGCGUGGGGAAGUCCGGGCGGAUCAAAGAGCUGCAACUGCAAAUCCACAGAGGUCUUGUGAGCGGCGCAAAGAGAGACGCUGUUGUAGCAGAAUUGGACUCUCUGGUCGCCUCGGCAUGGUAA